CCACUACACGGGGUCUGGCGCGGUCGACUGGACCAAAAUAGAAGGCCAGAUCACUGUAAAAAAUUAUUUUCACUGAUACUAUAUUUCCAUUUCAACUCCCAGUUACUUGGACAUUUACCGUUUCGGUAAUCCAAACCCAAAGGAAGCGACCACACCAGCCUAUCCCGUUAUAAUACAGUCAUGCAUGUUGUAGCAAUUCCAACAUUUCUCAUUUCUGAAUUUUCAAUUCUUUAGAUUGGAUCUCCCUUUACCGCGAUUUAUCAAAACCCUAGCUCGAUCCGCCGUCGCCUCCAGCGAUCAAAGCUCCCUCUUAUUCUCUCUCUUUCAGAGGGGGAGGAGAUUGAGUGAUCUAUUACGAUGCAGCACAUUCCAGCGACGGUCGAGGAACAGUUGUUUCUGAAAGCGAUUAGGGAAGAAUGUCCUUGGGAGAAUUUGCCCAAACGGCUUCAAGCCGCUCUUAAUUCUAAAGAAGAAUGGCACCGAAGGAUCAUCAACCAUUGUAUCAAGAAAAGGCUCCAAUGGAACACUUGUUUUGCUCGCAAAGUAUGCAAAGAAAGUGAGUAUUAUGAAGAGAUGAUGCGUUACUUGCGAAAGAAUCUUGCGUUAUUCCCUUACCACCUUGCGGAGUAUGUUUGCCGUGUGAUGAGGGUAUCUCCCUUCCGAUAUUACUGUGAUAUGAUAUUCGAGGUUAUGAAAAAUGAGCAACCUUAUGACAGCAUCCCAAAUUUCAGUGCUGCUGAUGCUUUGAGACUUACGGGAAUUGGGAGAAAUGAAUUCAUUGAUAUCAUGAACAAGUGCAGGUCUAAGAAAAUUAUGUGGAAGCUGAACAAAUCGAUCGCGAAAGAGUUGUUACCUACCCAACCUGUAGACUUUCCGAUUGAAACUUGGUGGGGAAUUUGUCUUGUUAACUUUACCCUAGAAGAGUUUAAGAAGCUUUCAGAAGAAGAAAUGGCAACAAUAGAUAAAAUCUGCAAGGAAGAAGCUAAUGCAUUUAUCCUGUUUGAUCCUGACAUUGUAAAAGGUCUUUAUCGACGGGGAUUGGUUUAUUUUGAUGUCCCUGUCUAUCCAGAUGACCGGUUUAAAGUUUCUAGGCUUGAAGGGUUUAUUUCAAAUAAGGAGCAGUCUUAUGAGGAUCCUAUUGAGGAGUUGCUGUAUGCUGUUUUUGUUGUUUCAAGUGAGAAUGCUACUGUUGCUGAGCUGGCAUCAACCUUACAAGCGGAUCUUAGUCAACUGCAGGCUGCUGCAUCUUUUGUUUGUCGCUUGGGAUGGGCAGUAAAAGUAAUUGACCCGGCAUCUGUUCUUCAAGAAAACACAAGCGUACCUCCUCAUGGUGUCAGCCUUACAGAUGAAGAAGAUCCCUCUCACCCUAGUUCAACCUCAGCAAAUAUGUCCACUGAUGGUGAGGCUGCUCAACAAGGAGAUUUUUGGGGGACAGAAAACCAGGGGCCGCAUUCUAGUGAUGCUCGGGUUGCUUUUGUUGUUGAUGCUAAUAUAACAUCUUAUCUUAUGAUGGGCUCUGUUUCACCAGGACUGAAAUCUCUUGCUGUGACAUUAUAUGAAGCUGGGAAAUUAGGCCAUGCUAGCAUUGCAGAUCUGUGCAAAGACCUGAGCACUUUGGAGGGAACAAAAUUUGAGGGAGAGUUGCAGGAAUUUGCAAAUCAUGCAUUCAGUCUCCGCUGUGUUUUGGAGUGUCUACUAUCAGGUGGAGUUGCCACUGAUAAAGCUGUGGAAAUUGCUGAUAGAAUGGGAUUGUCAACUUCAGGCAAUGAUGAGUAUAAUCUGAUAGCUGACACCUCAUUGAUUGAUAUUUCAGAACAAUCUGCUACCAAUGAAACUGAAGAAAACAUUAAUAAUACCGGUAAUGUAGAGACAUCACAAGAAGAUGUGGAUGACCCUGUACCUGAAACGGCUGGUGAUGACGGAUCUGCUACCAUAUCAAAAGAUGGUAAGCUAUCAAGUGAGGUUUCCAAGUCAGAUCUGAAUAUCCAGAAUGACGAGAAAUGGAUACAGAUUGAAGGGCCUGACAUAGGAAAAGGAACUUCAAGGAGGAUAAAAAAGUAUCGAGUGGAUAUCCUCCGCUGUGAAAGCUUGGCUGCUCUGCCAAAAGCAACCUUAGAUCGGUUAUUUCUUCGUGACUAUGAUAUCAUUGUGUCUAUGGUUCCACUUCCACAUUCAUCCGUUCUUCCUGGGCCUACAGGUCCCAUUCAUUUUGGUCCUCCUUCUCACUCAUCAAUGACACCAUGGAUGAAAUUGGUGCUAUAUUCAGCAGUAGGUAGUGGGCCUUUAUCAGUUGUUCUGAUGAAAGGACAAUGUCUACGCAUGUUGCCUGCACCAUUAGCUGGUUGUGAGAAGGCCCUUAUAUGGUCUUGGGAUGGUUCAACGAUUGGAGGCUUAGGUGGAAAGCUUGAAGGAAGCUUAGUUAAGGGAAGUGUACUUUUGCACUGUUUAAAUUCGCUUCUCAAAUACUCUGCUGUUAUAGUGCAGCCCUUCAGCAGAUAUGACCUUGAUGGUUCUGGAAAGUUUGUUACACUUGACAUACCCUUGCCUCUUAAGAACUCUGAUGGUUCAGUUGCUCACAUAGGGGAUGAACUAGGACUAUGUGCAGAGGAAUGUUUGAAAUUGAAUGAGCUAUUAACUGAUUUGGCUCACAAGAUAGAGCUAUGGACGGUUGGUUACAUUCGUUUAUUAAAACUUUUUAAAGAAAGAGAAUCAGAUCAUUUUGGCCCUGAUGAGGAGAAAUAUGAAUGGGUUCCACUGAGUGUUGAAUUUGGGAUGCCACUUUUCAGCCCUAAAUUAUGCAAUAAUAUAUGUGAAAGGAUUGUCUCGUCACAGUUACUGCAAUCAGAUUCACUUACUGAGCAUCAUGAUUCAAUGCAAAGUAUACGUAAAAGGUUGCGUGAUGUUUGUGCAGAGUAUCAAGCAACGGGUCCUGCAGCAAAACUUCUUUACCAGAAGGAGCAGCAAAAGGAUCAUUUAAAGGAGUCGAAGCAAUCAAAGCAACUCAUGAACUAUGCUAGUGGAAGGUGGAAUCCACUGCUAGACCCUUCUUCUCCCAUUUCUGGAGCAUCUAGUGAGCAUCAAAGAUUAAAACUUGCCUGUCGACAGCGAUGUCGGACUGAAGUUUUGAGCUUUGAUGGUAGCAUUCUUAGAUCAUAUGCCCUAACUCCUGUAUAUGAAGCUGCAACAAGACCUGUUGAAGAUUCCGCCCCAGUAACCGCAACAAAAGUUGAUCCUGAUGAAACUGAUAGCAAAGAAAUAAUCCUUCCUGGUGUUAACCUUCUUUUUGAUGGUGCUGAGUUGCAUCCCUUUGAUAUAGCUGCUUGUCUGCAGGCUCGCCAGCCAAUUUCCUUAAUAGCAGAGGCAGCAUCUGCCUCGACAUCUUUUGCAAUUAAAUAGGACAUAUAAAUACGAGAAAUGUGGAUAAAAUAUUUGUCCGGAUACUGACGAAUGGGAGUUAUUGUGUCCUUCAUACUGCAUUAUUCUGGUCAUCUGCUUCAUCUAUGAAGUCAUUCUAUGGAUGUGAGCUAGCAGUUUCAUCAAAGGUAAAUAUCAAGAUUUUUUCUGAUGAUAUAUGAUAUACUUAUUUGUUUCAUUGGUUUAAUAAAUUUCUAGGUAUCUUUAUAAGUAUUUUGUGUCAUCAGUUACCAUGAUUAGCCACUUAGCUGCCUUUGGACUACUGUUGUUGCAGAAUGCAUAAGAAGCUAAUCGAGGGGUUAACUUAUUACCUUGUUGUAUCU